CACAAAGAAUCGAGCUUGUUAUAGCUCAAAAUUCAUUUUAAAAAUUUUUUAAUGGCACAAAAUACAUUUAAAUAAUAAAACUUUACAUAAUAUAAAAUAUCUACAAGAUUUGUUGAUUUGAAAAAAAUUUUUUUAAUAUUGAAAAAUUUAUGCUGACCGAAUAAAAAUUUGAAAAUAUCUGAAUUCGUGUAUGAUAGCAUUGAGUGCAUUUUUGACGAAAUAUACGCUGGAAAUAAUGAGUAACCUAAGUGCUAAUCAAAAUGCAAAUAUAGGAAAUUGCGGAGGACAAAAUGGACAAAAUCCUGAAGGAAGUAGUAGCCUUGAAAGAGGCAGUUGCUUGUUGCGAUAUGCAAGUCAAAAUUCACUUGACGAAAGUUCUCAGAAACAUAUCCAACGGCCCAAUGGAAAAGAUCGAUCAACAGGCGCAUACAGAAACAAUCAGCAUACAUCAAAAUCAUUCGAAACAAUGAACGAAAUGAGAAAGCAAAAUCUUCUUUGUGAUGUUACCCUUAUAGCCGAUGGAAUGGAAAUUUCAGCUCACAAAAUGGUAUUAGCGUCUUGUAGUCCAUACUUUUACGCAAUGUUUACGGGAUUUGAGGAGUCUCGACAGGAUCGAAUAACUCUACAAGGUGUUGAUUAUCACGCAUUAGAAUUACUAAUUGAAUAUGUUUACACUUCUGUGGUUGAGGUAAAUGAGGAUAAUGUUCAAGUUUUAUUGACUGCCGCAAAUCUUUUACAAUUAACGGAUGUCAGAGAAGCUUGCUGUGACUAUCUUCAAACCCAAUUAGAUGCAUCAAAUGCUUUGGGUAUACGAGAAUUUGCUGAUAUACAUGGUUGUAUCGACCUUUUUAAUUAUGCUGAUACAUAUAUUGAACAACAUUUUAGUGAUGUAAUAAUGUAUGAAGAAUUUCUGAAUUUAAAUCAUGAACAAGUUGUUAGCUUAAUAAAAAAUGAUCGCAUAUCUGUUAAAAAUGAAGAACAAGUAUAUGAAUCUGUUAUUGCCUGGAUAAAACAUGACCCACAAACACGCGAUUUAUUUACAGCGGACAUCAUGGAACAUGUUAGGUUGCCGUUUCUUUCCAAAGAAUAUCUAGCACAAAGAGUUGAUAAAGAGCCAUUGUUAGAAGGAAAUAUUUUUUGUAAAAAUUUAAUAAUAGAGGCUUUAACGUAUCACUUGCUACCUAAUGAAACUAAAAGUGCUCGAACUGUUCCAAGAAAACCUGUAGGUCUGCCAAAAAUUUUGCUCGUUAUUGGUGGACAGGCUCCAAAAGCUAUACGAAGUGUAGAAUGUUACGACUUGCGAGAAGAACGUUGGUAUCAAGCGGCUGAAAUGCCGAACAGAAGAUGCAGGGCUGGUUUAUCAGUCCUUGGUGAUAAGGUGUAUGCAGUGGGAGGCUUUAACGGUUCACUACGCGUUCGGACUGUUGAUGUUUAUGAUCCUAACAAUGACACUUGGACAACCUGUAAUAGUAUGGAAGCAAGGCGAUCCACUUUAGGUGUUGCUGUAUUAAAUGGAUGUAUAUAUGCAGUUGGGGGAUUUGACGGCUCAAAUGGUCUAAAUUCAGCUGAAAUGUAUGACCCGAAAAUACAAGAAUGGCAAUUUAUAGCAUCGAUGUCGACUAGACGUAGUUCUGUUGGAGUAGGAGUUGUAAACGCAUUGCUUUACGCGGUAGGGGGCUAUGACGGGGCUUCUCGGCAAUGUUUGGCUUCCGUUGAAAAAUAUGAUCCACACACUAAUUUAUGGAGUCCGGUAGCUGAUAUGAGCGCACGCAGAAGUGGUGCAGGUGUUGGUGUGUUAAAUAACAUUUUGUAUGCAGUUGGAGGCCACGAUGGGCCAAUGGUCCGAAAAUCGGUUGAAGCCUAUGACCCGGAAACAAAUUCAUGGAAAUCAGUAUGCGAUAUGGCUUAUUGUCGAAGAAAUGCUGGAGUUGUAGCCCAUGAUGGAUUAUUAUAUGUUGUCGGAGGAGAUGAUGGAACUUCUAACUUAGCUUCAGUCGAAGUUUAUAGCCCCGAAACAGAUUCAUGGCGAAUUCUUCCAGCAGCAAUGACAAUAGGGCGAAGUUAUGCUGGAGUAUGUAUGAUAGACAAGCCCAUGUGAAUAGAACAGCAGGGUGCGAUAGCACGGUCAGCAGCAUUAACAGCAAAUAAUGGAGUAGAAGAUGAAAAUAGUCAGGCUGAAGGUACGGCGGAAACUGGUGCUGUAGGAGGAGUCCAAGUAAAUCAAUUUUUGCAAAAUUUACAAAGACCGGAUAAUAAUAUUGCUAACAAUGUUUCUCAACAACAGCCCCAAGCUAAUAUUCCUCACUAUGAAAACAUAUACGAAUCUAUAGAAAAUUAUCCAGCCGGAAACAAUCAAGCUGUGAACCCUUCCAUAGAUAACAACAUCAGUAAUAUGAACAACAACCAUGUAAAUAAUAAUGAUAACAACAAUAUUAAUAAUAAUUCUGCUUCUGCUGCUGCCGCAAUCGCCCCUGCCGAUCAACUCGUUAAUCAAGCCGGUGUCUCCAACAAUUCUGGAGCUGUUCCAAUGGAAAACAGAGCUGCACAAUCGAUUCGAAACAACAAUUUGAAUUUACAAUUUCGAAAUGAUCUUUACGAUAGAGUUAAUAAUUCUUCAGCAUAUGAUGUCCCGCGUUCUGUUAGAAGUAGUUUGGGGAUGAGGCGAAGUAAUUUGCAGCUAGAUUUGCAUGCUGCAAACCGUUUACGAUGUCCGAAUGGUAAUAAGAGUUUGGGUAUUAAUAUGAUACGAGAAAAUAACAGUAAUGUAAUGUGCCGUCAACGUUCUUUUGAUGACACUGAAUCACAUCAUUACUAUAAUUUAAACUACGGUUCAAAUUCAGCAAUGCGAUAUGAAAAUAUUUACGAACAAAUUCACGAUGAACCAUUAUAUAGAAACAGUGCAGUCAAUGGAAACUCUACAAAUUCUCGAUUAUACGGACGUUUGAACGUUAUUGGGCAUGGUAUUGGUAGAAUUGAGCGUCACCUGAGCUCGUCAUGUGGGAACAUAGAUCACUAUAAUUUAGGAGGUCAUUAUGCUGUUUUAGGACAUUCUCACUUUGGAACAGUUGGUCAUAUUAGACUAAAUACUAAUGGGAAUGGUAUAAACAGUAAUGGUUUUAUGACUAAUCAGACCAUGAAUUCAAACGGAAAUCACCCUAAAGAUAAUUAUGUAAAGACAAGUACUUCUUCGUUUUUUAGUUGUUUGGGCGGUGAAAACUCUCAAUCAAUGAAUAACAUAUAUCGUUCAACUUCUGCCAAUAAUAGUAAUUCUACAAGCACUACGAAUUCUUAUUUAUCUUCUUCAAUUAAUUCAAGUAGAUCAAAUACACCAAAUUUAAGCAGUGGAAGUAGCAUUUCGAGAAAUACUGGUGCUAUACCGAAAACUAAACUUGGGAAAAUACCUAGUGUGAAUUCGAAUAUUUCUGUUACAUCCACCCAAAGCACAACAAAACAAACAGGAAAAGCACCAACACAAACAACACAAAAUUCAAUUCACAAUCCUGAACAUUCAAGCACAUUAAAUCGUAUAUCAAAAUCAUCUUUACAAUGGCUUUUAGUUAAUAAAUGGCUACCACUUUGGAUGGGCCAGGGACCUGAUUGUAAAGUAAUUGAUUUUAAUUUUAUGUUUUCGCGCAAUUGCGAUGGCUGCGAAUAUAAUUCCGCACAAAAAACGCUUGUUAAUCCAAACGCAUUUCAACAUCAAGAUAUUAUUAAAUACAAUGGAAAGCAACAUGAAAUAUUUUCUGGAAAUACAACGACCACCAGGCGUGGUUGUUCUUUAAAUACAAUUCGUCCACUGCCAAAUAAUUUAUCCAGAUUACGAGAAUCCGAAUGUGGAUUCAAUUCUCUGCGAAAAAAUGGUUGCACCACUGAAGAAAAUAAUUAUGAAAAUGUUCAUGUCCAUUUCCAUAACGGUUUUGAAUUCGGAAAAUCACGAGAAAAUUAUGAUUACGUGAAACCUCCAAUGUUAAGAGCAAGAAGUGAGAGUCCAACAUUCACCCAAAGGGUUUGUGGAAAGCAUGCACAUAUUGAAUAUUCGGAUCCAUUCAAAAAUUAUGAAUUAAAUGCGGAAAAUAACACUUUUAAACCACAAAAGAAGGAAUCUAAUAUUCAUCAUAGAACUGGAAAAUUUAAAGUUAAUGAAGGUGCCUCAACCUCAAAUGGAUUGUCACCAAUUGUAAAAAAAGAAUCAGUAAAAUACAGUAAUGGAAUUAAAGUUGAGGCUUCAAAUAAUUUUGAUCGUAAAUUGGGUAAUAUAAUAAAUGACAAUAAGAAACAAAUAAAUAACGAUUUCAAUGAACCAAAAUCACAUAAUAACGAAAACAACGACGAUAAAAAUAUUAAGUCAAAUUUGAAGGAAAUGGAUAAUGAUAUUACUGCUGGAAGUACAGCGUCACCAGAAUUUAUAUACAACGAAGGUUUUGAUGAAGAUUCUGAUACUUAUGAAGAUUUUGACAGUUUAAAAGAUGGAAAUAAUAUGUCUGUGGUGCAUAAUGAUAAUGAUAACAAACCGCAAAAUAAAUCUGAGACGGCUAAUAUGAGAGAAACAUUGCCAACAAAGGAAGAGACUGAAAAUAUUGAUAAGAUUGAUGAUAAUUUUUAAAGUAUAAUCGAACUCGUUAUUUAUUUUAUUGAUACAAUAAUAAUCAAAAAAUUUAAUUAAAAAUUAUUCGCAAUAGUAAUAUUAUUUUUAAAUUUUGUUUGAUUAAUUUAUUUCCGUGAAAAAAUUUUUUAUAAAUAUGCAUGUAUUCAUUAAAAAUUUUAAAGCACAAAAUAUAAUAUUCGAAUAAUGAAAAUGAAAAAAAGAAUUCGAUACGAAAAAAAACUUUUCGAUGAAUAAUAAUUUUUUUUUCCAUUUGGUCAUUUUUACAAGUUUGAAAGGAAAAAUAAUAAUAUUAAAUUUACAGUAUUCAUAUAUACAUUUUAAAUGCUUACAAUUUUAAACCUAGUUUUAAAUAUAAAAUUUGUUUGUUUGAAUUUUUGCAAAUUGGAUUAAUAAUUAAAAUUUAGAUC